AUGCAGGCCGCGGCCACGGAGCUGCCCACGGUCCACGCGACGGUCGUGCCGCCGUCGCAGCCCAUCGUCGUCGCCGCCCAGCCCGUGCCCGUGACGGCGCAGAUCGUCGGGCAGCCCCCGGGCGCGCCGCCCGGCGGCUUCGUCGUCGCGGCCGCGGCGGCCCCGCGGCCGGCCCCCGGCCGCUGGAUCGUCUCGACCUUCGAGCCCCUCUGCGACGGCUUCAGCUGCUGCGGCCCGCCCGAGCACAAGGCGUCCUGCCAGCUCUGGUGGUGCGCGUGCUGUCUGCCGUGCGUCGUCAUCGGCCAGCUCAGCGAGCGCGUCGUCCGCAAGGGCUCGUACCGCGGCACGUUCUGGUGGCUCUUCGGCGCGUUCGUGCUCGGCGAGAUCGUCAAGAUGGCCAUCGGCCCCCUGGGCCUCGCGCCCUUCUACUCGCUCGAGCUCGCCAUCGACCUCCUCGUCUGGGCCAUCUACGCGCACUACCUGCUGAAGAUCCGCGCGCGCAUCCGCGAGCGGGACCAGAUCCCGGACGACGGCAGCCUCGCCGAGUGCUGCUGCGCCUACUGGUGCAACCCCUGCGUCCUCUGCGCGACGGCGGGCCACGACCUCAAGGUCGCCGGCCAGCUCUACGCGCCGACGGAGAACGGACAGAUGGGCGGCCGGACGCUCAGCUGCUGCUGA